AUGCAUGUAGCUCCAGUUGAGCACACACGGGAUCGAUCGUCUCCAGCGUCGACCACCAGACACCGUCGGUACUACGUGCAUCUGCUCCACCGGUCAAGCAUGGUCGGCGGCGCCUGCGGGGGCGGUAGGGCGCUCCGGAGAGUCGACAGCGCCCCGAGGCCGACGCUGUGCAGGAGCGACGCCAUGAAGAAGAAGAAGAAGAGGAGCAAGCGGUCCAGGCUCUCGGCUGCGCUGCGGGAGCUCAAGCUGGCCGCCAAAGCCAGGGACAAGGACGGCCUCCUGCAGAUCCUCGUCACCGGGCACCGCGCUAGCCGCGACGACGGCGCAGCCGGCGGCACGUCGACGGAGCGCACCGUGGCCGAGGCCGACACGGGUGCCGAGAAGCGCGCGCGGCCGUGGGCGCAGGGAGGCGGCGCCGAUGCUGACCCAAAAACUGGCGGUGGUCCACUUCUCGACUCCGGGAGGCCGGUGGCAUCCGGGGGAGUCUGCGGUCGUCGUUGCGCGAGCUGGGUGCUGGCCGCGGCGUUCGUGUUCGCCCUGGCGUGCGUGGUGGCUCUCGGGACGGCGCCGGCCAUCUGCUGCUGCACUUGCGCCGCCUGGCUGUGCGGCGGCCGCGCCGCGCAGGAGCAUGCAUCAGACUCCGCGUGCGCCGUCCUGAGGCUGAGGGGCUCCUGCCACGGCCGCGCCACGAGAGCAAUUGUACAACCACAAGUCGAUAGUAGUACUCUGUACAAGGCAGAGGUCGCCGGUGGCGGUGGGUGAACCUUAUGAAAUUUUUGUUUCUCAAAACGACAAGCGACCUCCGAAUUUUCUCGUUAAGAGUAUCUCCGGUCGCCUCUCCGACGCCGACGUAGAGGGCACCAGAAUCGAAUGCUCGUUUUUUGA